UCGAGAAAUUCUGAGAAGCAGUUGUUUUAACUCAAAUUUAAGUCUUGGGUUCUUGUAGUUUCGCUGUCUAACUUAGAGGCAGAUGCAAAAAUAUUUCAUUUUAUAAAACUGUGCUGCUGCUAAAGUGAUGCCUCGUUCCAGGAACGGUUCCUCUGAAUCAGGCUCCCAUAAAGAUGGGUUUGUUGCUCUCGCCAAUGAACUGUUCCAGAAGUUUCACAUCGCUCCAGUGAGAAGUCUGUCUGAAUGUGAGCCAUCAUCAUUUGUCACUCUGUAUGAGGGGAUCCUGGGAGAUAGACUCAAAGAUAUCAUUCAGAGUCCAGUUACCCGAGAGGACGAAAUUCACAAUGUCCAGUGCGUGAUUGAUAGCCUGUCCAGGGAUGUCCUUCAUUGUGAUCUUUCCCACAUCACUGGUCAAGCCAUCGUUGACUGUGAUAUUGUCUCCAUCCAGUAUCUCCUAGAGAUCCUUGAAGGCCUAGUUGAUUAUGUCAUGGAACAGAUCGGUAGCGAGACGUCCAGUGAGAUUGACGACUUCCAGCCUCUUCAAGAAGUGAGCUGCCAUUCAGAGAAAGAACGUUCCUCCAGGCGACAGACAAGAGACAGGUCUAUUAUCAAAACAAGAUCCCUUGAAAGUAUUUCUCUUCCAAGUAGCAUCUCACCCCGCCCUGAUGUAGAGGAGCUAUCAGAAGGGAGCAACUCCACGGCAGAGCUUAUUAGACUUGGGGAGGAAUCUGCCAGUUACAGAAGCAAACAUACGGCUGUGAAACAUGAUAAGAGCAGGGAUUUAAAUUCAACCUAUCAGAAAUCAGGUCUGUCCGAGAUGUUUAGUAGCUAUGGUAUCUCAGAAGGGCGUCUCUCAGAGCUUACCGAUACCACACUCAAGGAUACCACUAUGUCUGCACAAGAUCCAAUGAGUGGUUCUUUUUCCACUAUAACCUGGCCCAAGGCACCCAGUACAGCAUCCUCUCCAUCACCAGCCUCCAAACCAGCCGCCAGCACCAUCCGCUCACGGCCAGCCCAUACUAAGGCCUUCAUGGCAGAGAAGAUGUCACCAUACAACAGCCUGUUGGGGAGUCUAGGAGAUGAGUUCAGUGGGUUGGAGAGAAGCAGAGGCUAUCAGACAGGAAAACCUGCGACGACAACCGUUCAUACUGAGUCCUCAACCACCAAAGGCUACAUUCCAGAAACUGCUAUUGAUCAACCUCGCAGGUCUCUCCGCCUUACACCGCAGGCCACAGCAACCUCAGCUCCAUUACAUUCGGGUUCUCGACAUAGGACUCCACAGCAAGAGAACAAACUGGAGUCUGCAUUGGGACGUGACAAAUCUGGCUCGUCCUCCAAAGAUCAAAAGCCCUCCCAGCGUAGAUCACCAAGAUUCACCUCAUCAGAAGGGCAUGGACCAAGGGUGCCGCUGAUGUCAGCUGGGCAACCGCUUACACCUCAUGGCAAGGAGGCAAGGUACCCUGCCAAACUGCCACAGCCUGAUUCAAAGACCAGGGUGAGGCAUGCACACUCACCACCAGUUAGGGGGUCUCCUGCAAAGUCGGUUCGGACAAGAUAUCCAGUCGAGUUGAGGCGGAAGCAUGAUGGUGCGAACGUGGAUCAAGGUUCUACAGCUUCUAGAAGGCAUUCCGGUGCAGCAAUAGCGGAGUCGUACCCAGCAAAGCUCCCGCUGGAUAAGGCAUCUCCUGGAGCUAGGAGAUACAUGGAUGCACCAACUGGACAAGAAGUGGCUUCUUCAGCAGAAAUGGAGAGAUACCCUACUCGACUACCGCAUCAUCACUUUUCAUCUGCUACCGGAAGGUACAGUGACUCACCACCCCGCCAAGAAGUGUCGUCGACAACAGAACAAGAUAGGUAUCCAGCCAUGUUGCCACCAUACUCCAGGACAACAAUACCAUCUAUGACUAGUGAUGUGAGCAGUAUCAGACAGUCCCCAGGAGUCGCUUCAAGAUUAAGGAGGAGUGCAAGAAGGAGUUUGGAUCAAGAGAAAAGGGAGAGGGGUCGAGAAGACUCCUCUUUGGGGGCUGAUGAAGAAGACUCUUAUGACAGGAGUUUCAUGAGGAGAAAGGUUGCCAGGAGACGACGAGUUGCUUUUGAAGAUGAAGAAAGACAAAGUUUCCCUGCAGAAGGUUCUGAUGAAGAACGUCCUUCUCAAAGGUUUAGAUUCAGCAGAGAGAGUGAUGAUGAAGAAAAUGACAUGACAGGCCCAUCCUAUAGUCAUCUCACUGGGUACACCAGACCAGAAAGAGAAGAUCAAUCAAGGACUGACUCAGAAGAAGAAGAGAAGGAAGAAGAGGCUCAUUCUUAUGAUCUCAGGACUAGGAAGAAGACUGGUGCUGUGAAGAAAAUGAAAGAGCAUGGCGAUAAAAGCCACAGACAACGCAGCGUGCUACUUCCCAAGUCCCUUCCCCAGAGGCGUGAACCGCUCAGGGUGCAAUUUGAAGAUGCCAUGAACCGAGAUGCAAAGGGCCUCCUGGGUAAAGUGCGGCGUCAGCUAGCAGAUGAGGCCAGCCAUCAGGCUAAGAUGAAGGAUGUGCUUCGAUACACGUAUGAAGACAACCUGCGCGAGGUCAAGAGAGGAGUAAAACAGCAGGUCACUCGCCGCAAGAGGGUCACAAAACAACUGGAUGAAGAUUACAAAGCCCUUCAUGGCAAACCCAAGACCACACAAUACAGGCCAGCCAAGAAAUACACUGCACCUGUGCCAUCUACAGAGGGCAGCAGACGACCCUCAAGAUCCACAAAGCCGACUCCAGCUUCCAAGCGCAAGCGUGCAGCAUCUUCCAGCCCGACAAGCUCUCAGCUUGGUCUAGAGCGUCCACUGCGGAUUGGUGAUGACGACCUUCUACCAACCCUGAUGCAUGAGUUCCCAUUCCUUCACCUCUCCCCUCACACCGCUCAGAGGAUGUGGGCCCAACAGAUGAAGCACAUGGAACAUCUUACCAAGGCAGCUAUCUCACAGAAAUACAAGAAACCUAAGACACAAUCCAAGAUUGAAGAAGCAGAGAGGAAACAAGAAAUCCUUGUGAAUAUCAUGAAGAAAGAACUUGCCCAUAAUCAGAGACUGCGAGAUAUCAAAGAAAGACGCAAUCAAGAGAGGGCUCUUCAGGCUAAAGCUAAGGAACAGAGGCAGGUGAAUGCCCGGGCUAGACGAUACUAUGAUGAGUAUCGUGUGAGAGCAAAAUCCAGAGCCCUGAAGAGGAGAACUAAGGAGGAACAGAUAUUCAAGCAUCUCUUUGAGGAAGGCAUGGCCAUACAGAAGAUGAGGAUCAGAGAGCUACGUGAAUACGCCAAGGAGAAACGAGAGAACACUACCAAACAACAACAGGAUGAAGUAGAAUCUCUUGAAAAUUACUAUCGUGAUCAGUUCAACCUUCUUGCUGAAACAAUAGCCAAGGAACGCCAUGAUGUGAAUGUCAGAGACAGAGCACAGGCCAAUGCCAUGAAACGACUGAAGUCUGACAUGAGGAGGAAGAUGGAGAAAGAGAUCAGAGAAUACCAGGAACAGCUCUACAGAGACAAGGAUGCUGAAUACUUCAGGCAAUGGGAGGCCGAUAGGAUGAAACACGAAUUGCAGAUGGCUAAGUACAAGGCUCAGCUAUGAUGAUCACAUCCAAUAUCUGUACAUCAUCUUACCUAAGGUCAGAGAAUACCAGGAACAGCUCUACAGAGACAAGGAUGCUAAAUACUUCAGGCGGCUCGAAGCCGAUGGGAUGAAACACAAACUAGAAAUGGCUAAGUACAAGGCUCAUCAAUGAUGAUCACAUCCAAUAUGGAUAUCUGCAGUUCCUGAUGAAACACAAACUACAGAUGUCUAAGAACAAGGCUUAGCUAUGAUGUUCACAUCCAAUAUGAAUGUCUGCAUUUCAUGAUGAAACACGAACUACAGAUGGCUAAGUACAAGGCUCAGCUAUGAUGAGCACAUCCGUUAUCUAAGGUCAGAGAAUGCCAGGGAACAGCUCUAAAGAGACGAGG